UGAAGGGCGCGGGGGUGUGGGCGGGGCCAGCCGGGAGCAGCAACAGGUCGCGGCGAGGUCCAAUCGAUACAGAUGCUGGAUCAUGCGCCUUGUACAUUGCAAACAUCAUGCGCUGUGUGCUACUGCUCUCGGUGUCAAUUUUCCUACCAGGACUUAAAGGCGAUUUGCUUCGGGACAGUGUUCAUGUGACAUCGGCAGCGGCGCGGCCUAACAAUGAGCUAUGGUGCUACAAAUGCCUCGCCGAGGUGCCAGAGGACAAAUGCGCGGACCUGCGCCACAAUAACUCCGCGCUCAUACAUAAAUGUCAAAAUGACCGAAGAAUGUGCAUGGUGAAGCGAUUCUCGUUUACGACUUCGACGGAAAAUUCCACAACCGCACUCAAGAUGUGGGCACUCGAACGUAAUUGUACGAAACACUGCGAGCCGGGCUGCAUCGUCAUCGGAGAGAGGACGAAACUUUAUGCUUGUACAUCAUGCUGUACAACGUCACUUUGUAAUUACGGUUCUGACGCGAUCAGAAAACUGUUAGAUACUAAUCUAUUUUAUAUUAUCACAAUAUUAUAUUGUUUCACUAUUAAAAUAUGAGGCUACAAUUAAUUUUUAAUCAAUAUCGUAAUGAAGAUAGAAUCGUGUAUACAUUAAGUUUAUUUCUUAGCUUCAAAUUUAAGUUUGAUCACAACAUAAUACUGUAUAAGUACUCGUUUCUUAGAUAGAACAAUUUAAAAAAUGAAUAAAGAUCUCAACUU